GUAAAAAGUAACAGACGCGCGUCAACGAGCUCUCGGCUCCUUGCUGCCGCUGCCUUCGCACACCCUAGACGCCGGUCAGCGACCCACCUUCCGUCUCCUGCUAGUGCCGCAGCGGCACGUCUCCGAGCUGGUUGUGGCCCCAUCGUAGCAAGCGGGAAGAGCAAGAGAUCCAAAACCAACCAACGCCAACAGUUGCUACAGCAUGGCCACCCGCACGCAGGACGCGCCGACGACGGGGGGCGAGACGCCCACGCCCUCUUCUCGCCAACUGACGCCCAGGAGUGACAGCAACACGCCGAUGCGCGACCCCGUAGAGAACGUCAAGAGUGUUGAUCAAGCUCCGCCUCCUGGUCCAACGGUAGAGUUACGCUGCGUUCUAUGCGGUCUGGAAGCCACCUCGGCCAUCCGCCUCGUGCGCUGCAAGCACUGCGGCAGUCACUUCCACGCGCACUGCGCCAACCUGCCGCAACCACCUGAGGAGGGAAACCUCUUCUGCCGCCACUCGUGUUACGCCACGUACAAGCAGCAGCAGUCCAAGGCCCCCGUUUUUAGACACGGUGACUACCCCCGACUCGCCACGCAGAUUCAGAGCGUGCUACAGGAGAAGUCUGACAGACUGCAAGUGCGACGACAGCUUCCGUUGCAAGAAGUAGCGGGCACCAGUGGACGUGGUCGCGGUCGCGGCCGUGGAAGAGGCAGGGGACGCGGCCGAGGAAGAGGUCGAGGCAGGGGACGUGGCGUUGGAAUGAAGCGUCCGUUGCAGGAGGACACUGACGAUGAAGUCAGCCACCGCCACGCUCGCCUGUCAUCGAUUGAUGGGGAGCGUGAAGAAGGCACCCCGACGUCCAACGAUGCGGACCCGUACACUCCUCGGAGUACGACUGGCAUGUCGUACCCCACUGAGCAGCGACCGGAUGCUAUGACAGCGCAUGGUAGUAAUAGUAACAGCAACACGCCGCUCCACGAAGAUGACGAGAGGAAUUUGCAGCCGUCGUCACGUACUGCGUCUCCCGCUUCUCGCCGACCACUGCGAGGAUUCGACACGGAGCAGGACAGUCACUUCCGCAAUGCACCUCCACCCAAUAUGCCUUCGUCUGCUGCAAUGCAGAUGUCGCGUCAGCCCCGCGGUGACUACUCGUCAAUGCCUGCCCCCGACCAACCAGGUGCUGACGGAGCUCGACCUCGUCACGGAUUUUCGUCGCCUCAAUAUCCGAUUGCAGGCGCUCGACAAGUGCCGGAAGACCCACGAUCGCUCCAAGUGGUGCAACCAUACUUUGACGGCCGCUCGUCAGGGCAAAUGCCGCCGACACAGGCGGGGCCGAAUCAAAGAAUGCCACCAGGUAUGCCACCACCACAGCAGCCAAUGCAGGAUGAGCGACCACCGCUUCAACGUGACUUUGAACCACAGUAUCGUGGAGCACCAGCUGGUCAGGCACCACCUUCGGUUCCGUUUAACGAUUCGCAACGUGGUGAUCUACCGCCAGGCACCAGAAACGGCCCGCCGCCAAAUUUCAACGGCGCUCCCUCGAACAAUUACGGUCCUCAAGGACAGUUUCCAGCUCAACCGCCGUCUCAACUCCCCAUUCGCCGCCACACGCCUAAUAUUCCUUGGCGUAACCCAUCUGCAUUCCCGGCGGAGAUCUAUGAGCGAUUCAGCUGUCACUCGGACGAUGCUAAUCACGUAUUCCGGAUUGAUCUUUCCCCAGUAUUCGCUGAGAAGGCCACCAAGCUGUACCAGAACGAAAUCGAUUUCUUUUUCCGGUGCUUCGAGUCGCCAGAUGUGAGCUUGGUUGUCAAGGGCAUGAGUAGUGAGCUCAACCAGUACAUUUGGGCGUGGCCUUUCAUUCUCGAAUGCUGCGGUAACGACACACACUUUGCGUUCGACCACUUCCAAUUCAAGCGAAAUACCGAGACGGAUAUGCCAGAGUUGGCCUAUGUCGGGGAGCUGCAAUUAUCGAUGGCAUCCUUCAACUCGUAUCUGGAGAAGUAUUUAUCGAACGUUCCCGGCAAGGACGUGGUUGUGCUGGAGGAUCACGUCACGAAAAAGACAAUUACUAUUGUGGCGUCAGAGAACAUUAUUGCGCUGAAUAAUUUGGUGCUUGCCAAGUACUGCGCGCAGCUGUACAACGAUCUCAUCAAGGGAUUUCAGUGGGACGUUUUCGCCGGUGGUAUCCACUGCCUGCUGCAGUAUCUUCCUCAGAGUAGCUGGCACGAGAAGUUUUCCAGUCCACGUCUGCAUUUCAACUUUCCUGGCGCCCGAGGUUCGCUGGCUGACCCAGGCAACGGCACGACUGAUACCGCGUACCAGGUGCUCGUGGGAUCGCUGGAGCUGGUUAUCUUUGAGCGUUUCGAGCCACAGUACAAGGCAGAUUUCGACCUCAUUCUACAGCGAGCCGGCUACGAUGCAGAACGGAAGACUAUGCUUUUAGAUGCCCAUCUUCGCGCCCUCAGAUCUGCGGGCUUUGCGUUCUCGACAGUGCUAUUGCAAGAUGGAGAGUUUGUUCAUGUCAACAAGGGCCGCCAACAUUUCUGGCGUGUCGUAGAGAAAGACAGCGUUAAUGGCUCUAUCAACGCCCCGUGUGUAUUCCUUUCAUGGGAGUGGGUUUACCAGGGUGUUUCGCAACGUGGUAUCUCCACGGAAUGCUGGUUCGCCAUGAAAAAUGCUAGUAUGUGCCCUGACGGAUGGGUAUUCGACCCUCGCCGUGCAAUUGUCGAGGCUGCCAAGUGUGGCGUAGCAAUUGUGCGAACGGGUCAGUUCUUACGCUCAGCGCUAGCAUCGGGGCGUCCGCGCACGUCCCAAAUGUUGUCGUUUACAUCGGCGCCUGCGCCCAUCGAUCGAGGUGUAGUUGCGCAGCGCCAAGCUCAGAUGGUUCUCUUCCUGGAAUCAAUACUGCCCUGUCUGGACGCCAUCGUCGAAGAGGCUUACGAGCUGGGUUUAUCAAGCACUGACGACAGUGACGAGUUCCGCAAGGUGUUUGACGAUGAGAGCAUGUGGCGCACGGUUGAUGCUGAUCUGCGUGACCCACCGGCGGAUAAUGCAGAGAAUUAUUCGUGCGGAAUCUGCGAGCGGGAGAUCACUAAUCUGUACAAGCAGUGCCUGGGUUGUGCCGUGUAUUCUCGCCGGUGCCGACCCAACAUGUCGUUCCCGAUUUUCCGUAUCUGCCUCCGCUGCCACUCGCAGCCAGAGCAGCACCACUUUAAACCGCGCGCGAUCUCUUCAUAUUACGACAAGGUGUUGAGUUCGGAGGGCCACACAGGAAUCUUGCCAGCCACGCGCCGCUACCAGUCGGUUCGCAGCUACUUCAAGUGCCGAUGCGUGCCGUCGAAUCGCUGCGCCCACUGUGGCGGGUGUGAAUCUUGCAGCUGCCUGUGCCACACGCUGUUCCAGACCCGCUUCCGCUUCACGGCUCCUGCAAACCUGGAGAGGCUGCGAGCCGACGUUGAUGCCGUCGUGAAAUACCACCAGCAGCAACUGCAACAGCAGCAGCAACAACAGCAGCAGCAACGUUAGCGUAGCUAGGCGCCUUUUUGUCCAGUAGUUUGAUGCAAGACCGGCGCGGGCCCAGCUCGCGAGUGCUGCUUGUUGUGUGUGCCGCCUCUCGUGCGCCGGUCGGUCCUAAGAAGAACCGCCUUCACCAUCAUUACAUCACGAGUUGAUAAGUUGCGUUUGCUCUAGCGUCUUGCUCCCCGAUACAAUCUGUGCCACGUCGGCCGAGCAGGAGGAGGCCAUAGCGCGGAAUGCAUUGGCUGGCGAUUGCCUCGCAUAGCAAUCAACCCUAGUUGUAUCCCUUCCUGCAGCACACUGGCGCGUCUUUGGAGCGUUCCAGUCUUCGGGUCUUGGCCAUUUUUCUCAACCUUCGCUAGGCUGCCGGCAGGCUUGCACUGCACUGAUAGUCGUCACCCCCGCCUCAUCCGAGAGCUUAAAGCUCCAAGUUGCUAAGCACUGCUUAGUAAGCAGUGACUGCAGCAAUGCAGAUUGUAGUGUCGGGAGUGAGGUCUUAUUUUGAAGGUUGAAGUGCUAAAGCUUUUAGGCCCGACCUGAUUUCUAAAAUCAGCUUUUUUUAGGACGUCAUCAGAACAUACAGGCCGUCACUGAAUCCAGCC